CUGAUAGAAUCAAAUAUACGAUUCUGGCGCUGGUUACGAUCGCGUCCCUCAUCUACCUAGUGAUCACAUUCCUCCCAUGGAUCUUCCCGGCAUGCCCUCUCCAAACUCCUAUAACAGAAGGGACACCUUGGAUUAGAAGGCCGAUGGUCCGGGUUCAAUGGCUAGGAUCGUCCAUUCGUCGUUCCGAAAGUGAAGGUUACAAUACUUUAAAAGAAUUUGUUGCGUUGUACCACGAACUCCGCUCGAUCCCAGAACCACAAGAACUUCAGGCUCAAAUUCUCGCUUGGGUCAUUUCGAGCACGCUAGACGAGAAGGUUUUAAAAGAGGCAUUGAAGGCGUUAGCGGGCAAGGCUCCCACAAUACCUAACGCAGGACCGAACCUCGAAGAGCGACGAAGAGUGGAUCUGUACCCUCUUGUACCUCAUGAUGCAACUCGAGAUACGGGAUACUUCAAGAGAGAGCUCGAACGGUUCUCCCUUCGAAUCCCGCUGGCGUGCGUCCUCCGUCUACACAUUCUCAUGAAUUGCAACGCAGAUGAUGCCGACACCAACUGGCAAGGGGAUAUUCUUGGACUCAUCAAAACGGUGAACGAUCCGUCGUUUUCGUGGAUGCAAGAGUCAGUAAUUUUCCGAGGAGAUCUAUACCGUACUGACGAUAGGCCAGGUGACAUUCGGGCUUUGUCCCAUCAACUUGGAAGAUCAAACAGCCACUAUCUGGCUAGUAAUUGGACGAGAGAUUAUAUGACAGUUCCUCAAUCGCUGUGCAAGUUAUGUCUGGAUGAGGAUUCGGGAGUGAGAGAGGGAGCAAUAGAAGCUCUUAUGCGAACAUCCGCAGACCAUCAACUAUGCCUGGGAUUCGAAAGCGCAUUCGAAGAGCUUGUGACAGCAGGACAUCGGGACCAAACACCUAGAAUUCUGGCGGCAAUGACGGCUUUUGUACAGGAUGAUAACCUUCGAAAGCAUAUGAAGCGAGGAACAACGCUCCUCAUGAAACUGGUGGAGAAUGAGCAACAUGAAUGCUGGGAUAGCUCGGUACCACGAAAGUGCAAACGUUCAUUGGUUGUGCAACAAGAUGCUUCACUGCACGAG